UGUCAAUCUGAUUGGAUUCCCAAGACCCGCCACACAACUCCCAACGAAGGUGGCAGUAUUACUCCAAAUGUCAGCCCAACUUUCCGUCAUUAUGUGUCGGCCCUUGAUAGGCUCGUAAGUCCAAUACUUCGGGUUCGGGCUCUGUCUCGCGCUGUCUACGGCGACGUCGCCGCCGACGCCAAACGAAGUAUCCAGCCACCGAGAAUCGCGAUACCGACCUCGGUGAAAGUGGGAACGCCCUGGGUCAUAUUUAUGUUGAUCGCCGGUGGCUGGUAUUGUUUCAGUCCAUCACCGCUGCGUAAUGCCGUGUUCUGGUCAGCUGCCGGGACUUGUGUGGCAACUACGGUCACUGUCGGGGGUACUAAGGUAAUAAAGACGGUGUUCGUUGGACCUCUUGAUGCCGGCGGCGGCGGUGGCGGCGGCGGUCCGGGGGGUGGAGGAGGCCCUCCUGGGGGUGGGGGUGGAGGCGGCGGUGGUCGAGGGGAUGGGGGAGGAGGAGGCGGCGGUGGCGAUGGCGGAGGAGGAGGGGGUGGUGAGACUGGGGGAGGUCCCUCUGGGGGUGGCGGCGGCGUUGGUGAAGGAGGCGGGGGUCCUUGA